CAGAGGGGCAGUAGCGGAGGUGGUGGGGUAGGAGAUCUGUAUCUCUGGAUCAUCAUCUGCAACUGGAGACAUAUAUGUGGGUGCGUCCAGAGUUUUACUGUCCUCUUCCCUGCUUCCCGUUUCUUCGGAUCGCCCUCCCCUGGCUACCCAGAGAGUUCAGCUCCUUCUCAGAUCCCAGUCCACUCUUUGACCUGGCAGGAAUAACUUGUAGACAUUUUCUGGAGUCUUCCUGGAGCAUUUCUGGAGACACACUGAUUGGCAAGGCACUGAAAAAACGCAGAUCCAGAUCAGGUGAGACACGUGAGACUCCAUGUUCUCAUAAGCACCGGCACACUCGUCUCUCUAGAAUAUAGAGUGACUGAUCCAGACCUUUGUGCCUUCAGCAUUAAUCAUUUCCCAGUAGAUGAAUUGUGCCACACACACAAAGACUCUGAAGUUUGAAACUCUUUGUUUCACUACCUUCAGCAAAUACAUGGUGGAACAGAUGGUGGCCCUCAUAGGUGCUGUUCCCCUGUAUGGCACCUCACCUCAGAAACCUUCCAGGGAGUACCAUGAGAGGGCAAAGCUGCGCUGUGCUUGGGCGGUCACACCAGUGCCCUGCACAGAGCAGCCGAACCCUGCUGAACCCGUCGCAGGCUGCCCAAGGCGGGAGGGGCCAGUGGUGAAGAGGGAGGAGAAGCUGAACUCUCAGUUCCUGCCUCUGACAAUCUCGCUUUCGCUCAGGACUCAGUGUGGAAACAAAGAGACUACACCUUUCAGCCUCGGACCUUUUGAUGAACGCUGGAUCUCCCAGGGCUUCGUCGAGGUGGUGAUCGUGGUCGGCUUUCUCAUGUGCUCAGUCAUCAAUUCCAACUCCAUGGCUCUACAUCAAAAGACUCAGCAGAAGAAAUCAGAAGGCAAAAUGAAAUGAGGGGUGUGUGAAAGAGAGAGAGAGAGUGUGUGAAAGAGAUAGAGAGAGUGACUAGCAGAAUUUUUGGUGUUGGUUUGCCCCUUUAAUUGACUGAGAUAAGACUGCAUCUUGAUGCUCUGACGUUAGAGGGCUGUUCACAAUUAAAGACAGAUAUGUGUAGUUUUACGUAAUCAGGUCUGUCUAUAUUCUGAUGUCCUUUUGGACUUUUUACAACUUUCACACCAUUUUUUUGUGGCUUUUGGUUGUUGGUUUUUGCUUCCGUCCUGUUCACCUUGCUUCUGGAGAUUGUACUGGUACUGCAGCAUUUCUGAUGGGGAAGUCUAACAGAUCUUCCCUGGCACCUCGCUAUAAUGCGUUGUGAUAGCAAGUGCUCAUCAGUAUCUUUCUUAAAGCAGAUACAUGGGCCUGUUGAUCUUUAAGCAAGGCCUUAAUCUACUUUAUGUGGCUCAUAUUCCAUGUUGUCGAAUAUCAGUAUUUGAGCCUGCACUUAUGAAAGAUAUGAUGUAUAUAGGAGGUACUGAAGUGACUAGAUCCUAAUUUGGCCAAGUGCUUUGUGUUUUCUGUAAUAGGAAUGUAUUGUGAACUUUUAAGGCCUCCAAAUGUA